AUGCAUUUCAAACAGGCUAAUCCUAUGAAAAAGUCAUCUAAAUACAGAUUGUAUUCACCAACUUCCCUUACUAAUGCAUAUCUGUCGAUAAAAACUGACAAAAAAUCUGUUAUGGGAGCAGCAAGGCAAUACAAUGUGCCCAUUACAACCCUCAGAGAUCGUGUGUUAGGCAAUGUUGAUCCUGAAACAGUUAAGAGUGGGAGGAGUCCUUUGUUAGAUACACUCCAGGAAUCUAAUAUUGUUGAACAUUUAAAGGUCAUGGCAGAAUAUGGCUAUGGAUAUACUCGCCAAGAGGUUGUAGACCUGGCUUCAGAUUACGCAGUCCAAAAUGGUAUUAGAGAUAAGCAGCACCCAUUCUCUCUUAAGUGGUUUCGGGGAUUCGUGAGCAGGUGGCCUGAACUUAAAGUCCUUAAGCCUCGGAGUCUAGAAAUUGUCAGGGCAAAGUGUGCAUCAGUUCCUGUUGUUGACAGAUAUUUCAAAGAACUGGAACAGGUCAUCAGAGAGAAUAGUUUUGACAAGAACCCCUACCUAAUUUACAAUGUGGAUGAAAAAGGAUUUACCCAGAACCACACUCCUCCUUUUGUUGUUUGUGGUAACCAGUUUCCACCUCAAGCUGUCACUGCAGGUAAAUCAAGUACCACCACAGUGAUUGGUUGUGGAAGUGCGAGUGGUACAGCAAUUCCUCCUUUUUUCAUAUUUGCGGGGAAGAGAAUGAUGCCAGAGUUAAUGGAAGGUGCAACACCAGGCGCAGUAGGCAGAGUCUCAGAGACAGGAUGGUCCAAUUCACAGCUAUUCCGUGAGUUCCUAGAAGAUCAUUUUUUGAAGCAUGUCCCUAUCAAGGAUGGUCAGAAAGUUCUUCUGUUGAUGGACGGGCACAAAUCACACACUUCUGUAGGACUUGUCCAGUGGGCAAGAGACAGGAACAUCAUAUUGUUUAUACUUCCUGCACACACAAGUCACAUUCUACAACCACUGGAUGUUGGCUGUUAUGGACCUAUGCAGAAAAUGUACAAUUCAGAAUGUCAUAAGUUUACUAGAGAAUCACACACCGUAGUAACAAGAUAUAACAUUUGUCAUAUAGUUUGCAAGGUGUACAGCAAGGCCAUGUCUGCAGAAAACUUGAUAGCUGCAUUUAGAAAAACUGGCAUCUACCCAUGUUCGCGAGCUGUAAUUCCACCAGACAGUCUUAAACCUGCAGAAAUAUUUAUCAUGGAAAACGAGAUAUCUGACAGUUCAAAAGAUGAGACAGCCGUAGAAAAAAGUAGAGAAAAGAAUGAUGACACAACAUUCUUUGAAGCUAAAGUAACAGCUUGUAGGAAUGCAAAGAGAGAGGGAGUCGCUGAAAAGAAAGAGAGAAAAACCAUGAGCAAGAUCAUCUCUGGCCACUGUUUAACAGACAACAUCAUAGAUCAGAUGGUGCAACAUGAAGAUGAACAAAAUGGUAAGGGAAAAGGCAAGAGAAAGACAUCAGAUGAAGAUCAAGGGGCAGCUGCAAGUGGAUCAGGUUCCAGAAAGCAGAGGAAAACUAGGUUGCCAGUUGUGGAAGAUAGUGAUACUGAGGAGGAGGAGGUGGUGCUGGAAAAGGACCUUUGUUGUGUGUGUAAAAAGUUUACACCAGAAGAGAUCCGAAAAAGUGAUAUGUUAAUAUUCACCAAAUGGGCUCAAUGUGAUGGCAUGAGGAAUGGGAUGCCAUGUAAGCACUGGACACACCUGCGGUACUGUUGCAGUACCCGGGUUGUCCGCUUACAUGACAAAUUCCUCUGCCCUCACUGCAUUGAGGAGUAA